CAGCAGCAGUGGCGGCGGUACUCGUCCCGCACCCUCCCAGCAAAGGCAAGGGUAGAGGCCGUGCUCAUGAAGCCCCCCAAGCACGCGGGCGGGCAGCUCCAGCAGAGCUAUCCUCUCAAAUAGGUGAGGGGUCAGUACCAGCAUCAACAGCACCGGCAAUAUCAGCGGCACCAGAGGCCGCAACAGGGGCAGCAACACCGGCACAACUCGCAGCAGCAGCAGCGGAAGUAGCCGCCGCCGCGGGGGCGGCAGCGGCGAGACCAACAGCAAGCGGAGGUCACGACCGCGGAGCGCGCCAACAAGGACGAGGAGGGGGGCUGAGCGGCCGUGGAGGAGGUAGAGGAGGGGGGAUGAGCGGCCGUGGGGGAGGUGGAGGAGGGGGGCGAGGGGCAGCAGCGCCAGGUCGUGGAGCAGGAGGAGGUGGGGCUGGAAGAGCCGCUGGUGGAGGGGCCUGCGAUGAUGAUACUUCAACAUCCAGUGCGCAGGAACGCUUCUUUGAAGAAGUGAAGGACAAGAUCGACCGGAGUAUCACCCACGAGGGAGGUGGUGUGAAAGGCCGGUUCCCGUUUGACAACCCGCUCGUGCGUCCGAAGUGUGCCACUUUUCAGCCAUCACCAGACCUACCGAAACUCGACCGGUUUUAUCAGAAGGCGGUAUUGGUAUGGAUACCGGAGUUCUUGUUCCCAGAGCUCCAGGCAGUUCCUUGUCCAGGAUGUGGGGGCAAGGGCGCACCUGAUGGCUGGAACCCUAAGGGGCCACGCCGGGUGUUCAUGGAGCACGACGUGGCGUACGUGAUGGGGUUUCGGUACAAGUGUGCGAAGUGCGCGGAGUUCAAUAAAGGCAAGCAGGAGGCGGAAAAGCGCAAGACGAGCUUCAACGCGUGGGAUGCUGGGUGCUUCCGGCGUCUCCCGGAGUACAUCUCCGNCAGUCAUGUUUUCGUGGCAUCCGACGAAUUCUGGUACAAGUGUGCGAAGUGCGCGGAGUUCAAUAAAGGCAAGCAGGAGGCGGAAAAGCGCAAGACGAGCUUCAACGCGUGGGGUGACUAUGCAGUGUCUCAUCUGCAGCGUCUUAAGAUAACGGGUUGGUCUGGUCUUGGCUCCGGUGCCUUGAGCGAGCUGGCGGAGGAGUUGAAGCUUUUUUUCAUGCGGUUCGUUCGCAAUGGCUUCAAGGUUCCUAUUCUGUGGAACACAGAUGACUGCUGUGAUGACCGUCAACUACUGCAACGCAUAUUACGCGAGUUUGAGGAGGUAACGGGGAUCAGUCUUCAUCUGGAAGACGAGGUGGACGCCGGAGUUCAGUUGGAGCUCCUGCCACAGCUGGAUAUGGAGUUCACCCCUGCCAUCGUGUACGACCCGGACGCGGUAGCCGCUGCCUGCGGCUCCCUCCGUCAGAGCAUCAGCCAAAAUCGAGUGGAGGGAAAGAUGAUGUGCGGAGCGGACGCAGAGUGGCAGUUUUCACCUCGUGGGCGGGAACCUGUAGCGACCUUCCAGAUUGCGGCUUUGAGGGGGCCGUCGUUCCUCUUCCACCUGCAGAGAGGGAGCUCUGGUUUUACGAAGGAAACAUUUCCCGCUCCCCUGAAGGCUCUUCUCGAGGACCCCAGCAUCAUCAAGAUUGCGGCUUUAAGGGGGCCGUCGUUCCUGUUCCACCUGCAGAGAGGGAACUCUGGUUUCACCAAGGAAACAUUUCCCGCUCCCCUGAAGGCUCUUCUCGAGGACCCCAGCAUCAUCAAGGCUGGUGUUGCCAUCAACACGGAUGCCACGCAUAUACUCAACGACUAUGGCAUGAAAAUGGCGAGCACGGUGGGCCUGCGUGUCCUCGCCGUUUCCAAGUUGGUGGUGACAUCGUCUCGAACACUCGCCGGCUUGACGGCGUGCCUCCUGGGGAGGCAGCUGCCGAAGGAUACCGUCCGAUGCUCCCGUUGGGGGAACGCUCAACUCUCCGUUGAACAGCGAGACUGCGCCAUCAGGGACGCCGUUGCCUCGGCAUUCUUGUACGAGGUCAUCCACAACAACAAGGACCCGAUCACGCCCGUGUCUUCUUCACCGUUCGACCUGGCUAUCGGCUUGAAGGGGGCUCCGGGGCAGGAGGUGACCCGGUAG